AUGCUUUCUCUUCUACUUCCUCUGCUUUCCGCUAUCACACUCGUCAAAGCGCACGGUUAUGUGCAAGACAUAGUGAUCGGAUCCACUCAUUACUCCGGGUAUCUGCCGUACACCGAUCCAUACUACAACCCUGUUCCCGAGAGGAUCGUUCGCCAGAUCCCCGGCAAUGGUCCGGUUACCGAUCUCUCGCUCAUCGACGUCCAGUGCAAUGGAUACACUGAUGGCAAUUAUUAUACCGCCCCUGCGCCCAUCUAUGCGACAGUCGCCGCAGGCUCUCAACUGCACUUGAACUGGACGACUUGGCCAGACUCGCAUAUCGGUCCUAUGAUCACUUACAUGGCCAAAGCUCCUUCGGAUAUCACCCAAUGGAUGCCGGGCACUAGCGAAGUGUGGUUCAAGGUCGCCGAAUCUGGGAAGACCUCGGAUGGGAAGUGGGCUGCGACCGACAUCCUGACGGAGAAUGACAGCAUCUAUACAUUCACAAUUCCCGCUUCUUUGGAACCCGGACAGUACAUCGUCCGCCAUGAAAUAAUCGCUCUUCAUGCUGCGUACGUGUAUCCAGGCGCACAGGUUUAUCCUUCGUGUAUUCAGCUUCAAGUAACCGGUUCCGGGACGAGCUUCCCCACCUCGGACUACCUGGUUGCUUUCCCUGGUGCCUACACAGCGGCAACCCCCGGUAUUGUCUACGAUGCGUACACCAACACUAGCGCCUAUCCCAUUCCGGGACCUGAGGUCUGGUCGGGUUGA